CCGAAAGAGCGUCAGAUGUCGCGGCGGCUCAACCAAUCGCUGCCCACCGCUCCGUCGCGUUCCGCCAAUAGGAAGUGGCCGGAAGUAGAAAGGGGCGGGGGAAGCGUUGAGGGCGAGGCGCCGCCCGGCGGAGAAGGAGAGCGCAGGCAGGCGAGGCGGCGGCACCACAAAAUGGCGGCGGGGUCAGGCAGCGCGGCGGCCGUGGCGGCGGUAACGGGCGGCGGCCCCGCGGGGCCUCACGCUGUAGGCGUUACGGCGGGCGGCGCCGCAGCGGGGAGCGGCGCGCCGGUUCCAGGCCCCGGGGCCGUGCUGAUCGGGGACCGGCUGUACUCGGGUGUGCUGAUCACGCUGGAGAACUGCCUGCUGCCCGAGCACACGCUGCGCUUCACCCCGUCCAUGAGCAGCGGCCUCGACCCCGAUACGGAGACCGAGCUGCGCGUCACCGGCUGCGAGCUCAUCCAGGCGGCCGGCAUCCUGCUUCGCCUCCCGCAGGUUGCUAUGGCUACAGGACAGGUGCUAUUUCAGCGUUUCUUCUAUACCAAGUCUUUUGUGAAGCAUUCCAUGGAGCACGUGUCAAUGGCCUGUGUUCAUCUGGCAUCCAAAAUCGAGGAGGCACCGAGGCGCAUCAGGGAUGUAAUUAAUGUGUUCCAUCGCCUCCGACAUCUGCGAGAGAAAAAAAAGCCUGUACCUCUAAUACUGGAUCAAGAAUACGUGAACUUGAAGAACCAAAUUAUUAAGGCAGAAAGAAGAGUUUUAAAGGAGUUGGGGUUUUGUGUUCAUGUAAAGCAUCCUCAUAAGAUAAUCGUUAUGUACCUUCAGGUAUUAGAAUGUGAACGUAACCAACACCUGGUCCAGACCUCAUGGAAUUACAUGAAUGAUAGCCUGAGAACAGAUGUCUUUGUAAGAUUUCAGCCAGAAAGCAUUGCCUGUGCAUGUAUAUACCUUGCAGCUAGAACGUUGGAGAUUCCACUUCCCAAUCGUCCACAUUGGUUUCUACUCUUUGGGACAACAGAAGAGGAGAUACAAGAAAUCUGCUUAAAAAUUUUGCAGCUCUACACCAGGAAAAAGGUUGAUUUGUCUGACCUGGAAAGUAAAAUAGAGAAGAAGAAAUUAGCAAUUGAAGAGGCAAAAGCACAAGCUAAAGGUCUGCUACCUGAAGGAGCCCCGGUACUGGAUAACACGUCAGGGUUUUCCCCUCUACCUAAAAAUGAGUCUCCAAAAGAGGCUAAAGGAAAUAAACCUUCCCCACUCCCUGUUCAAGCAAUGAAGAAUGCUAAAAGGAAAGCAGAAGGAGCGAAAAGAACUGGUUCCAAUAGCCCAGUAAAUGGGGUUCAGAAAAGCAGGGAAAGCAGAAGUCGAAGUGGGAGUAGAGAUCAGAGUUAUUCAAGGUCACCAUCCAGAUCUGCAUCCCCUAAGCACAGGAAAAGUGAAAGUUACUCCACGUCCAGCGGUUCCAAGUCCCACAGCCGCUCCCGGAGCCGCAGCGACUCUCCUCCCAGGCAAUUCAACCACAGCUCGACUUACAAAGCUUCCAAGGUGAGAAGUUACAAGAAAUCCAAAGACUAUAAAUACACAGCACACAAAGCCCGCAAAUCACGCAGCAGGAGUUCGUCCCGAUCCAGGAGCCGAUCCCGGGAGCGCUCCGACCACUCGGGGAAGUACAAGAAGAAGAGUCACUACUACAGGAAUCACAGGCACGAGCGUUCUCGGUCCUACGAGCGAGCAGCUCAUCGUUACGACAGAGACCAUCCUGGCCACAGCAGGCACAGGAGGUGAAGCUCUCACAGAGCUCUUUCCUUUGGAAUUGGAGCAGCGGAGCCCUCCUUCCCCGUUUGGCCUUUGCUGCGUAGGGGUAACCUGGCUUGUAAACCACUUGGUCUCAGUAAAGUCUGUGUUACUGGUGAUUCUGUGCUUGCUGUCAUGUAUCCAAAGGAAAGAUGCUAACAGGAUACAGUCACACAAAGGACUCCAUCUGGUAUCUGGCUCCGUGGCUGUUACGCUGGAGGUCAACUGCUAACUGCAGAGCUUGUCUGGAUGCUCCUCUGCCUGCUCUUUAGUGAUCUGCAUACCGUAGCACGUAGAGUGUUGCUUGGGCCUUCCAGUUCUGCAGCAGGAUCUGCAUUCCUCAGCUGGAAUGCUGUGUUGGACGGUCCUUGUGUGGAAUUAGAAGGCCCAAGGAGGUUCACAAAAACCAUUGGAGUGGCUUGGUGCUAACAAAGCUGUCUUUUCAUACUGACUCAAUUAUGUUGAACAAGUGUAAGGUGACUUUUCUAGAACUGAUGCCUAUAUUAGGUUAUAUAUAUGUGUAUAUAUAUUUUGCAGUGUUACAGUACAGUAUGGGAAUACGGCCUUACUAGCCUUUACACUUUAUCCACAAUGUAAAUAAGCAUUUGUUUAAUACAGGUGAAAGAUAUAUACAGAAAAUUCAAAACUUGAACUCUAUAAACAAAAAAAAAACUCGUGUAGAAAGUUCUGAUAAAUGUGAAAGUAUUUAGCUCUGUGUAUUGAGAGUAGUAUAUUUUUUAUCUGUGCAAUGCUGUGUGCAGGCCACCAGCUCAUAAGACAUUUCCUAUAUAUACACACUUCAAGUGGUUUGAAAUUCUUUACUCAGGAUCUUUGAUGCUCUGAAGAAUUAGUAGUUUGUCAACCUGCAUGCUUGUUGAGGAGAAGCCUUUUUAAAGCAGCCAAAACCCCACAGCCCAGUAGUAUCAGUUCUAGUGGUAUAUCUGAGCUGUUACACUCGUGCUCCCUUAUUUCAUUAAAAUAUUUGAUUUUA